AUGUCGCUACAGGUCGAGAGAGUGCCGGAUAUUGCGUCGCUUUCGAUCUCUUCAAUGUCGGACUAUCAUGUGUUCGACUUCCCUGGGCUGGAUUUACAGAGAGAGCAAGUUGUGGACCUGUUGGACCAGCAAGGCUUCAUCCCUGAUGACCUUAUUGAGCAGGAGGUCAACUGGUUCUACGAGUCGCUGGGCAUCGACGACCUUUUCUUCUCGAAACAGUCGGCAGAUCUGGUUGCCAACAUAAUCAAUUCGUUGUAUGCGUCGAAGAUCGACUCGUUCGCCAAGAGCAGAUUCAACGCUGACGCUAGCGAUGACGUUAACUUUCACAAGAUGGGCGCGAGGUUCAAAAUCAAGAAUAAAAUCAUUAACGAUGGCUAUGCUAUAUUUAUGGAGAGUAAAGGCGACGAUGGCGCCAAUUCGUUCUACCCAUAUCAAUUGGAUUCCCAGAUCGAUGAUCUAUUUUUGGACUCGAAGGAUCAAAGGAGUAAAAGACUGGUUUCCUUUUGGACCCCCGAGAGUGGAUUAAAACUGACUUUUGUCUAUGAUAGUGUUUUCCCCGAUUCCGAUAAGCCGGUAUCAAUCAGUAAUCUCUUACAGGGCGAUAUCGAUUCAAUUUCUGACAAAACAAUGUCACAAAUUUCAUCAGUUGAAAAUAAAAAACUUUAUGGAUUAUUGAUCAAUCUGGUCCAGGAGAGGGAGGGUCCAGUGAUCAAAGCAACUCAUUCAAUCAAGAAUAAUGAUGAAAUUAGAUUGUUAGUUGCUUUCAAAAGAUUCACCACAAAACGUUAUUAUUCUGCGAUCAAUUCCUUAUUUCAUUAUUAUCAUUUAAAACCAUCAAAAUUUUUCCUGGAGUCGUUUAAUAGCAAUGAUAUUGUCAUAUUCUCAAUUUACUUGAAUAAAUCAAAGCAAUUGGAUGAAAUUUUACCGAAUACAUUGGAAUUAUCAAUAAAACAAAUUGAAAGGGAGGCUUCGUUAUUAUAUACAAUUCCCAAUCAUUUUUUCCAAGAUGUUUAUUCAGAACGAAAGUUUUCACCACAAGAAUCAAUAUAUGCUCAUGUUUCAUCAAUUUUUAUCAAUCAUUUUAUCAAUAGAUUGGGUACCGAUUAUCAGUCAUUGUUAGACCAAUUGAAUAUAAAGGAAUCAGAUACUUUAUUAUUAGAAAUUGUUGGUAAUUUGAAAAAAAAAUUAAGAAACGAAACUUUUACUCAAUCGAUGAUUAUUGAUAUUUUACAUAAAUAUCAUAAAAUUGUUUCAAAAUUGUACAAAAACUUCGCUGAAAUUCAUUAUUAUCGUGAUACAAAUGCAACAACAAAUCUGAAUGAAAAAACUCUAUCUUAUCAAAGAUUGGCAAAAUUGGAACCAUUUAAAAAUGAUCAAGAAUUUGAAAACUAUUUAAAUAAAAUUAUUCCAAAUGAUUCACCAGACUUAUUAAUUUUGAAAACUUUAAACCUUUUCAACAAAUCGAUUUUAAAGACAAAUUUUUUCAUUACAAGAAAAGUUGCAAUUUCAUUCAGAUUAGAUCCAAAAUUAAUAAUGCCAAAGAUUGAAUAUCCCGAAACUCCAUAUGGUAUAUUUUUCGUUGUUGGCAAUACAUUUAAAGCUUUCCAUAUUAGAUUUAGAGAUAUUGCUCGUGGUGGUAUUCGUAUCGUUUGCUCAAAGACGCAGUACGUUUAUGAUGUGAAUUCGAAAAAUGUCAUUGAUGAGAAUUAUCAAUUGGCGUCAACUCAACAGAAGAAAAAUAAAGAUAUUCCUGAAGGCGGCUCAAAAGGUGUUAUAUUAUUAAAUCCUGGUUUAAUUGAAACGGAUCAAACUUUUAUUGCUUUCACUCAAUAUGUUGAUUCAAUUAUUGACAUAUUAAUUAAAGAUCCGUUGAAAGAAAAAUAUGUUGAUCUUUUGAAGAAUGAUGAAAUUUUAUUCUUUGGUCCAGAUGAAGGUACCGCAGGCUUUGUCGAUUGGGCAACAACUCAUGCUCGAAAAAGAGGUUGUCCAUGGUGGAAGUCAUUUUUAACUGGUAAAUCACCACGUUUAGGCGGUAUUCCUCAUGAUGAGUAUGGUAUGACCUCAUUAGGUGUCCGUGCUUACGUAAAUCAAAUUUAUGAAACUUUGAAUUUGAUGGAUUCCAUUGUUUAUAAAUUUCAAACAGGUGGACCUGAUGGUGAUCUGGGAUCAAAUGAGAUUAUUCUAUCAACCAAAAAUGAAAUGUAUGUUGGUAUAUUAGAUGGUUCAGGAGUCUUAUGUGAUCCAAAUGGUAUUGAUAAAGAUGAAUUGAUUAAAUUGGCUCAUUCACGACAGAUGAUUUGUCACUUUAAUUUAAAUAAAUUAAGUUCAAAUGGUUUCUUCGUUUCUGUUGAUGAUAUUGAUAUUUUAUUACCAAAUGGUACAAUUGUUUCAAAUGGUACGACUUUUAGAAAUACAUUUCAUACAGAAAUUUUCAAGUUUAUUGAUCGUUUGGACAUUUUUGUGCCCUGCGGUGGUAGACCUAACUCAAUUAAUUUAACUAAUUUACAUUUUUUCAUUGAUGAGAAGACGAAUAAAUGUAAAAUUCCAUAUAUUGUAGAAGGUGCAAAUUUGUUUAUUGCCCAACCUGCAAAGAUUGCUUUAGAAAAUCAUGGUUGCAUAUUAAUUAAAGACGCUUCUGCAAAUAAAGGAGGUGUUACUUCUUCAUCGAUGGAAGUUCUUGCUUCAUUAGCACUGAAUGAUUAUGAUUUUGUUAAUAAAUUCAUUGGUCCAGAUAAAGAUUCAAGAUCACAACUUUACAAAGAUUAUGUCAUUGAGGUUCAAAAGAGAAUUGAAUAUAAUGCAAAAGAAGAGUUUAAACAAUUAUGGAAUCUAAAUCAAUCAACAAAAGAUCCACUAUCAGAACUAUCGAAUGUAUUAUCACAAACAAUUAAUAAAGUUAAUGACGAUUUAAUUAAUUCAACUGAGUUGUGGUUAAAUGAUUUAAAGUUGCGUGACUAUCUAUUACUAGACAAAAUAAUUCCUAAAUUAUUAGUUGAUGUUGCUGGAUCAGAACAAAUAUUGGAAAAUAUUACUGUUACUUAUUUGAAGGCUUUACUUUCAAGCUAUCUAUCAAGUUCGUUUGUUUACAAAUUUGGUAUUGAUGUUAAUAUUGGAAAAUUCUUGGAAUUCAUUGGAGAAAUAAAAAGGGAAGCUAAGGAAAAGGCUCAAAGAUGA